AUGCCAGGAAAAACUCUCUUCAAUGUUGAUUCUCCAGGAGAAUAUAGUAGUAUAAACGUCUCUAAGGCUAAAUCUAAAUGGUCUUUUCCUAAAGAUUCAAGAUUUCCGAAGACUAAGCAAAGUUAUUGUGCAACUGCUGCCUACGAAAUACUUAAAGGACCUGACAAAGCAAAAGGAACUUCCUUCGGAUACGGGAAUAGAUUCAAGAUGAGACAAAGUGACAGCCCAGAGCCUGGAAGAUAUGAGCUUGGCUAUAACUAUGAUUCUAGAAAAGCAGCCGAUCCUAAAUAUUCCUUUGGAGCUCCAGGAUCGAGAAUGGAUAACUCAUUUUUGAAGAAGAAUAUUCCUGGGCCAGGAUCUUAUGCUCCUUAUCCUGAUUUCGGGAAGACUAGUAAGAAGAUGUCAUUUGGUAGCAGAACCAUGAGCAUGCAUGAUCUAAGAGGGAUGAAUCCAGGUCCUGGAUCGUAUGAUUACUCAAAACCAAUCGGCCAUGGCAAGGGAAACAUCUCAUACAGACCAGGAAUGAGAUUUAAAGAAAAUACCACUGCUGUACCAGGACCCGGGUCUUAUAGUCCAGGACAUAGUUUAAGUUCAUCUAUUGAGAGAACGAAGGGUGGAAAAUGGGGCAGCGAUAGCAAGAAGGACAUGGUCCUUAGAAACUCAGUUAAAAACCCUGGUCCAGGCUCAUACAAAAUUAUGAGAGAUUUCGGAAAUUACUAAGAUUGAUGCAUCGGAAAUUGAUUAAUUUCAUU